GCUCGGUGACUUGGCUAUCGGAGAAUUCGUAAUCAAGCAGAGAGGUGAUCUUGAUCAUGGGAUAACAGACGUCAAGAAGUCAUUGCUGGGUUGAGAUUAGACACUGGAUUUGAUCGAAUUCUACCAAGGAUGAUGUCUGUGUCUCUUGUGGUUGAUAAAUGCCCCACAUUGUUCUCAAUGUCAAUUGAGAGAAUCCACAAACCCUUCAUCAAAUCAGGUAAACUAUCAAAGGGUCAUUCAGUAUCAUCUUCUCAAGAAUCUCUGUCCAGUAGAAGGGUUAUUCUUUUACACAGUGGAGCUUCUUCGGUUGCCUUUUUGACCCUUAAUCAUGGCUUGACACCAAUGCUAGUUAGGGCAGAGGAGCAAGGCCCUAAAAACCAAGAAGAAGAAGGAGAUGAAGGCAUUAUUGGAGCCAUUAAGUCUUUGUUUGAUCCCAAUGAGAAAACAAAAUCUGGAAAGGUAUUGCCAAAGUCCUACCUGAAAUCUGCUAGAGAGGUUGUGAAAACACUGCGUGAGUCUUUAAAAGAAGAUCCCAAAGAUAUUGUCAAAUUUAGGAGGACAGCAGAUGCUGCAAAGGAGUCAAUCAGAGAGUAUUUGAAUAACUGGAAGGGACAGCAGGCCGUGGUUGCUGAGGAAUCAUAUGUUGCCCUUGAGAAGGCAAUUAGAUCACUGGCCAGCUUCUACUCAAACGCAGGUCCAUCUGCUCCAUUACCUGAAGAGGUGAAGUCAGAAAUUUUGGAUGAUUUAAACACUGCAGAGGCAGUUUUGUAAUAGAAGUCAUCUCCUCUGGUUUUUUUGAUGUAUAUCACAUAUGUGCUAUGGGAAAAAAAGGAAAAAAUUUGUCUUUCAUUCUUAGCAUAAGGGAAAUUAAUCAUGAAUUUCCUAUCA